AUGCCGGUUGGGCGGAAUAUGGCAGUUGAGCACGACGAUGAUGUUGACAUCUCCACGCCGUUUCAUAAGUACUUCAACCCGAACUACUCCGCAGAGUUUAUGAGCAAGCUUCCUGAACGCAUCCAGCAACGUGCAAAGGUUCUUUUGCACUACCAUGAAGAGUACGAAAAGCUUCGCAAGAAUUUUGAGGAAAAGGAGACGGCACUGCGCCGCCAGUACGACGAGUUGUACGCGCCCCUCCACGAUCACCGUAAGGAGAUCAUCACCGGCUCCAGAGAACCCACGGAUGAGGAGGUCGCAAAGGGAUUUCCCAGCGAACAUGAGGGUCAAGUAGACAUCAAGGUUACGGAGGCGGAAGCUGACAAGUCCGUCGUGGGUAUUCCGGGAUUUUGGCUUCGCGUACUGCGCGGUCAUGUGCUCUCCGAUUCCCUGAUUGAAGAACACGAUGAAGAAGUCCUCAAUCAUCUGAAAGACAUACGAUCGGGAGUGUUGGAUGGUAGUUAUGGCAGCUUUGCCGUUGUUUUUGUGUUUGGAUCCAAUGAUUUCUUCCAGGAGGAGUCUCUUGUGUUGAGCGUCAAGCAUAACGACGAUGGCGUGAAGAUCAUUCGCACUCCGCCCACGUGGAAGCCGGGCAAGGACGUGACGGUAGAGACGGUCACAAAGAAGUUGGGUGGCAAGCGUGGCAAAGGCGCCAAGACGAAGACCUUCACUGUUCCACGGAAUUCCUUUUUCAACGUGUUUAAAGAGAUGUCGAAGGAAAAAGCCGAGGCAGGAGGUGACGAUGACGAGGAAGAUGACGACGACGAUGAGGAUGAGGAAGAACAGAUUGAGCAACUCCUUAACGUUCUUCACACCAGCAUUAUCCCCUGCGCCGUGAACUUCUACACUGGCGAGGCUCCCGAUGGCAGCAGCGACUUGGAGUCGGCCGACUUCGAUGACGACGACGACGACGACGACGAGGAGGAGGAGGAGGAGGAUGAGGAGGAAGAGGAGGAGGUGGUGGUGCACCCGAAAAGAGGUCCAAAGGGGCGUGGGGGUCGCGGAGGUAACAAACCGGCCAACGCACAGCAGGAAUGCAAGCAGCAGUAA